AUGGCCAAAGGGAAAGGAAAAGGUCCAAAAGGGAAGAAGAUCACCUUGAAAAUUGCCAGAAAUUCCAUCCGGAUAUCUCCUGAUGGAGGGCGCCGUCUUGACUUAAGCAAGAUGGGUAUCACCACCUUCCCCAAGUGCAUUCUGAAACUGGCUGACGUGGAUGAACUUGAUUUGAGCAGAAAUAUGUUAAAAAAGAUUCCCAGCAGCAUCGAGAAAUUUGAGAAACUGCGCUGGCUGGACCUGCAUAGUAAUCAGCUCGAGGAUCUGCCCAAGGCAAUAGGUACACUUCAGAACCUUUUCUACCUGAAUAUAUGCAACAACAAGCUGACCACCAAAAAUCUGCCAGAAGAGCUGACCCUUCUCAAGAACCUGCAUAUUCUCAACCUUGGUUUGAACUGUCUUGACAGUAUUCCCACCAGUCUUGGGGCCCUGAAGGAACUUAAGGAGAUAGGUCUCUUUGACAAUGCCUUGACCACUAUCCCAAACAGCGUGAAAAGUCUCCCUAACCUAAAGAAACUGAAUGCAGAAAGAAAUCCUUUCUCAGAUUCAACACAGCAAGAAGAGCAUGCUGACUCCAUUAAACGCAUAGAAACACUUCACUUAGUACGAGAGAAAGACCUGUGCUCUUCCUGCCUGAAGAUGUGUCAGGAUGAGAGGGACAAGCUGAACAAGUUAAACAAGUUAAAGAAUGGGACACCCAGCCCCCCAAAGAAGCCAAGCUUCCCUUUACUCCUUACACCCAAUUCCCCUGCAAAGGAUAACCAAAAAGAAUGGAGAUUAAAAGAUAAACAUCCCUGA